GUUUGCGGGUCAUGCCAAAAUUGUAAAUAAUAUAAUAGAGCGAGAAUUUAUUGUUCCAUGUAAACUUGAUAUAUGACUACCACUACACGAAAAAAACACUUAGUGAGAUUGUCAAGUAAUUUAAAACCGGAUAGAAAAGAUGUCUUAUAAUCCAGAUGCAGAUCUUGAAGUUAGAGUUAGAAAAGCCACAGAAAGGAUAUCUGAAAAUAUGCAUAUUGUUGCAAAUGAGCCCUCUUUGGCUUUUUAUAGACUUCAAGAACAUGUAAGAAAAGCCUUAAACCCAAUGGUUGAUAGAAGAGUUGAUGUAGAUAAGUUACAAGUAGAGUUACAAGGAAGUUGUUAUGACAUGGAAUAUGCUGCGAGCGCCAUAAAAUCCAUGCAAAAUUCAGACGAAAGCUUUAAAAACAUAAAAGAAAAUUUAAAAAAUGCAAUUUUCCUAAAACAACAACUGAAAUAUGAAGAAUCAAGAAGAAAGAAAUCGGAAUCAAACUCUGUAUACAAACGGCUGUCUGUACACAUAACACUCGAUCUACCUGAGCUUCCAGAAUUAUCAGAUGUCGUCCGGGAAACCGCAAACAGGGUGGAAAACAUAAUGAACAAAGCUACCAGUUCAGGAAAUACAUUAAGCAGCUCAAAGGAGUGAUACGUAUAUCGUUUACAUAUAUUAUAUGUACAGGAUUUCCAAUUUUUAGUACUUGGGAAGUAUUGAGGAGUUUUUAACGGGGUUAAAAUAGUCUUUCUGGAGAGUUUUUUUUACAUGAUCAGCAAAUUGUAACUGUCAGUCCGUUACUAGUUUUUGGUUUUAUAUGUAAUAAAACAAACUGUUCUUAG